AUGGCCGACGACGACGUGGACGCCAGCCUGCGCCAGGCCGAGUUCGACCUCUUGUACCAGCGCAUGAUGCGUCGGCGCGCGCCAUCACCCGUGGAGUCGCCGACGGCAGCAACACCCGCCACGACGCCACACGAGCGCCGACGCCGACGCCGCGAUCCCAACAUCGUGCGCAACACCCGAGCGUACGCCCGCGCGGAGCGCAACUCGAUCGUUCUAAGUGACUCGGACGACGACGACGACGAGCCGACCUCGUCCGAUGACGUCGUGCCAUCGACACCCCUGGAUAUCGACGCAGCCGACGACGCCGCCACCGACGCCAACGCUUCGCCGAGCCUGCUGCUGCCACGGGCUGCGAACACUGUCGAGAGCCAUAACGCGCCACGCCGAAAGCGUCUCUCACACCCGCCCCGGUACAGCGUCGCCGCUGCCCAGUCCUAUGCGCGCUUGGACGCGGUGGCCGCGCUGCUUCGACCGCCCGACUUUGCGCCCACCGUCGUGGUCUUCGGGUCGUUUGGACCGCUUACGACAUGCGCCGUGCCCAUGGCGCCGCGACCACUAGCUUCCCCGUGUCUAUAA